AUGAAGGAAAUUGUCAACGCAGGCGAUAGUGAAAGCUAUUUUCAUUUGGCUGUAACCGGUCAACUUGAAUCGGCCUAUUUUCCGCUGGGUCCAGACGGUAGCAGUUUAUUCUGUCGAUAUGAUGUUGUUGCUGGCCCCGACUGGGAAAUGGUAUCCGGGAUGCGAUCAGGAAUCACGCAAAGUGCUAAAGCCGAAAGGGACUUCCGGACGGUGGUGUUCAACAUGCCACUAGAAUUCACAAUGAAAUCGACCAACCCACACGGUUGGCCCCAGAUUGUGUUCAGCUUGUAUGGAAACAAUUUUUGGAACGUGGAAACAAACAGAGGAUACGCUAGAGUGCACUGUCCGUUGAGUGGAACAAACUGUACGCUGCGAGCGCCACUGCUGGUGCCAAAGUUUAGCAACAUCUGGUCUGCAGCAGUAAGUUGGAUCACAGGGAUUAAUCCGGAGAUGCGGGAUCCGAAAGUGUUAGCUGACGGUUCAAAACACAAAGGUCUGGCCUCCGAUGCAUAUGGCAAAGUAGUUGUUAGCUUGCAAGCUAUCUCUCGUGGUUGCAGCAAAAUGGCCCUUGAUUGGGGACAAUCAUAUGAUUAA